CAACAAAGGAGCUGCUAUAAACUGCUCCGCACAUUGAUUCCUCUCACUAUGUAUGUGUAAAAACAAAAUCGAAGAGAGAGUACUGAACAAUACCCAGUAGGCCAGUAGUUAUUAUCCAGCACUCGCGUCUUAAACAUCUGAGAUUUCGCCUGCCUCCAUCAAAGUUUCAUUUUUUUUUUCUCUCUUUUCUAACGCGAAAGGUCUCGCCUUUUUGGGGGGCAAAGAUGAAUUCGAUGUUCGCUCGCAGAGUCGUCGUCGACUCAUCUUCGCGUCUCACCAAACUGCUCGCGAACCUACCGAAUCACCACUCCUUCACUUCUCUCUAUCGCCCUAGCCAGACCCGCCAUUUUCGGACCCGCUACCUUCCUUCGACCCCGUCUCCUCCUCCUCCCGCGAGCCGCUUCGACCCAUCUCUCCUAUGGCGAUCGGAGAAGAUUCGUGGGUUUUUCGCGAGCGCUUUGACGAACAAAUCCGCGAAACUGGGGAAUCUCGUGGAAUCGAAAGUCGCGUUCUUGCGUUCUCAGUUUCCCAGAAAGGGUUUCGAACUCGGAGGCUAUUCUGGGAGGCGUGGAUGGAAGCAUUGGCUUCAAGGAUUGUCAUCUAAUGACGUUGUUCUUGGAUUACUGUUAGCUAACACUGGUGUCUUUCUCAUGUGGCGUGUUUUCGACCAACGUUUCAUGAUUAAUAAUUUCAUGAUAUCGUUGGACAAUUUCACCAGUGGACGUCUACACACUCUGAUUACUUCAGCAUUCAGUCAUAUUGACAUUGGACAUAUCGUCUCAAACAUGAUCGGACUCUACUUCUUUGGAACCAGUAUCGCAAGAAACUUUGGCCCUCAGUUCCUUCUGAAGCUGUACCUUGCCGGAGCGCUUGGUGGCUCUGUGUUCUACUUGAUUCACCAUGCUUAUCUGGCUGCCUCAUCUCCCAAGGGCCAUGGAGCUUUCGUGAGGGAUCCAUCGAGAACCCCGGGACUGGGUGCGAGUGGAGCUGUGAAUGCCAUCAUGCUGCUCGAUAUCUUCCUCAACCCAACAGCUACUUUAUACUUUGAAUUUUUCAUUCCAGUUCCUGCGAUGCUGCUUGGAAUCUUCCUCAUCGGUAAAGACAUCUUAAGGAUAACAGAGGGGGACAGUAACAUCUCAGGUUCUGCUCAUUUGGGAGGAGCAGCAGUUGCAGCCAUUGCUUGGGCUCGGAUUAGGAGAGGCCGCUUCCGUUACUGAGCCUCUUGACCUGACACUGCUUGGCUCUGGUCAUCUUAAGAGAAUCUUCAAAUGAUUUAGCAACUUUGAGACCAUAUUGUGGCGCUCAAGAUUUUAUUACGUUCAACCAUUUCUAUCUAUCCAAACAUCAAACGACAUGGUGACAUUGUCUGUCUUUUGUGUUGAUGAAUCUAAUCUAUGGACUGAUCCACUUUGGAAGAUCAACUCUUAAUUAAAUUUGUUUGUUUAUUUCG